AGCUCUUUCUGGUAGCAGGCGGCCAUCUUGCCUGGAGCCUGAGAAAAGAGAAGAGAGACAGAAGAAACGGGGCGUCAGUGGUCUCAGGGCCGCCCCGGGGGCCUCAAGAGCCGGAGGCAGCCCCGGAGGCUCCCGUGGGCGGACACGCCAGAGGAGGAGGCCGGGGAAUGGCCGCGGUGUGGCAGCAAGUCUUAGCAGUGGACGCAAGGUACAACGCGUACCGCACACCAACAUUUCCACAGUUUCGGACCCAGUAUAUCCGCCGGCGCAGCCAGCUGCUGCGGGAGAAUGCCAAGGCUGGGCACCCCCCAGCACUGCGUCGGCAAUACCUGAGGCUUCGGGGGCAGCUCUUGGGCCAGCGCUACGGGCCCCUCUCUGAGCCAGGCAGUGCUCGUGCCUAUAGCAACAGCAUCGUCCGCAGCAGCCGCACUACCCUUGACCGCAUGGAGGACUUUGAGGAUGAUCCUCGGGCCCUAGGGGCCCGUGGGCACCGCCGUUCCGUCAGCCGUGGCUCCUACCAGCUGCAGGCACAGAUGAACCGUGCCGUCUAUGAGGACAGGCCCCCUGGCAGCGUGGUGCCCACAUCAGCAGCAGAGGCUAGUCGGGCCAUGGCCGGGGACACAUCACUGAGUGAGAACUACGCCUUUGCGGGCAUGUACCAUGUUUUUGACCAGCACGUGGAUGAGGCAGUCCCAAGGGUACGCUUCGCCAAUGAUGACCGGCACCGCCUGGCCUGCUGCUCACUCGACGGCAGCAUCUCCCUGUGCCAGCUGGUGCCUGCUCCGCCCACCGUGCUCCGUGUGCUGCGGGGCCAUACCCGUGGUGUCUCCGACUUCGCCUGGUCCCUCUCCAAUGACAUCCUUGUGUCCACCUCACUCGAUGCCACCAUGCGCAUCUGGGCCUCUGAGGACGGCCGCUGCAUCCGGGAGAUCCCUGACCCCGAUGGCGCUGAACUGCUCUGCUGCACCUUCCAGCCCGUCAACAACAACCUCACUGUGGUGGGGAAUGCUAAGCACAACGUGCAUGUCAUGAAUAUCUCCACGGGCAAAAAAGUGAAGGGCGGCUCCAGCAAGCUAACAGGCCGUGUCCUCGCCCUGUCUUUUGAUGCCCCUGGCCGUCUUCUCUGGGCAGGUGAUGACCGUGGCAGUGUCUUCUCCUUCCUCUUCGACAUGGCCACAGGGAAGCUGACCAAAGCCAAGCGUCUGGUGGUGCAUGAGGGUAGCCCUGUGACCAGCAUCUCGGCCCGGUCCUGGGUCAGCCGUGAGGCCCGGGACCCCUCGCUGCUUAUCAAUGCUUGCCUCAACAAGCUGCUACUCUACAGGGUGGUGGACAAUGAGGGGACCCUGCAGCUGAAGAGAAGCUUCCCCAUUGAGCAGAGCUCACACCCUGUGCGCAGCAUUUUCUGCCCCCUUAUGUCCUUCCGCCAAGGGGCCUGUGUGGUGACAGGCAGUGAGGACAUGUGCGUGCACUUCUUUGAUGUGGAGCGGGCAGCCAAGGCCACUGUCAACAAGCUGCAGGGCCAUAGUGCACCUGUGCUGGACGUCAGCUUCAACUGCGAUGAGAGCCUGCUGGCCUCCAGUGACGCCAGUGGCAUGGUCAUCGUCUGGAGGCGGGAGCAGAAGUAGGGUGCUGCACUCUCCGCUGCCCCAUCCACCCUGCUUCGUGUUGUAAAUAAAGAUUCUGUGGUGAUGCCGAGGGCCGCUCCCAGGUAUGCCGGGGGCAGGGUAAGGAAGCAGGAGCUCCAGGACCCACGGCGGA